GUUUCGCUAAGCUUGUGAGGUCUUUUUGGUGACCAGCGAAUCCACAUUUGCAGUGGGUUUUUUUUUCUGGAAUCUCGUCUCGCCGUAAUCAAUCUGUACGGUUAUCUCGAUAAUAUACCCAGGCUAUUUCGGUUGUGCGUUGGAUAUUCAAGUGACACCGGUUGUGUUGGGAAAUGUAACCUUCAGAUGCAUAAUGCCGAAUGUGUCUAGUUUAUCAGCCGGUGAUGGAUUACCCCCUGGGGACCCCCUGGGUCAUGGUUUAGAAUUAAAGAAGGCCACACUCGCCACUUUUGACGACGACGCCAUGCAGCACGAGUCGAAAAACAACACCGGAAGUGACGUGCACGCCAAUGGGUUGUUGACGGCCGGGCGUGUGAAUCCGGAAGUGGGAGGUGUGUUUAUAAAUGAAGUUCCGGAAACAAGUUUUCCGGGGUACGACCCGCCCGCCUACUCCCUACCCAACGGGCCGCAUCAAGAUUUUCGUGAAGUCAACGAAACGGAGAUUGACCACACCGAAGAUUGGGUAGCGCCGUUCACAGAAGUCGAUCACUUAGACACGGCAAAUGACGUAUGUCCGGAAGAAGUAAUGGACGCCGCGGAAAUCGCGCAGGUGAGCGCAGCGCAGGGAAACGCCCCGCCCGGGGCGGCAAGGGGGACGUUUCUGGACGCCGCUAUCAAGGUCCACGCGGCCGUCAAGUUCACCAGGGCGCAGAGGUUAAGACGGCGGGCUCGCUGGGCCACGAAGAAACUUCUGGUAUUUAUCCUGUCCCACGUGGGUCUGACCUCCCUGGUGGGGCUGUAUGCUGUGGCUGGGGGGUUUCUCUUCCAGCACCUGGAGCGGAACUCGGAGAUCCAAGUCGUCCCCGUGAUCGCCGAUAAGCUGCUAACUCUGUUAGAAAUACGCAACAAGCACAUAGAGCAGCUGUGGAACUUCACCGAGAAUCUCAACGUGCUGUACCCCAUCGAGUGGAAGGACCAGGCCAAUCAGAGGUUCCUGGAGUAUGAGAAGGAGGUAUUCGAGGUUUUUGUUCAAGAUUGGAAAGCCGAAAACCAGAUCGCCGAUUACACCCCCAGUACGUCAAAAUGGACUUACCCAAGUGCCCUGCUGUUUGCUAUCACAAUAAUCACAACAAUAGGUUACGGGGACAUUGUCCCCCACACGGCUGAGGGGAAAAUAGCGUGCAUGCUGUACGCUGUGAUUGGCAUUCCCCUGGUCCUGCUUUGUCUGGCCAACAUCGGGUCCUUCCUGGCAACCGUGUACCGCUUCACGUGGAAGCACGCCAAUCACCUGGCAUACAUCCUUGUACGGUCGCCCAAACGUAACCGCCCCCUCGUGGAGACCUCCAAGGUCCGAGUGCCCAUCAGCGUGUCCAUCUUGACCAUGGUCGUCUACAUUCUCUCCGGGGCCGCCAUCUUCUCCAGAUGGGAGAACUGGUCGUUCUUGGAGGGCUCGUACUUCUGCUUCAUCACCCUCAGUACCAUAGGCUUCGGCGACUAUGUACCUGGGAAGGUCCUUAACUUCUGCUUCAUCACGCUCAGUACCAUAGGCUUUGGGGAUUAUGUACCAGGCAAGAACACAGAGACCUUGGGAUCCAACGCCAAGCGCGUCGUCUGCGCCAUGUACUUGCUCUUCGGUCUGGCGCUGCUAUCGACCAUCUUCCAGCUCCUGCAAGACUCGGCCACCAUCGUCGUCAGGCGCUACGCCAGCUUCCUCGGCCUCAGCGAGAAGCAGAUCGAGAAAGACCUCCAGGAGGCUGAGGUCAAGGUCGAGGACGUCCUCAUAACGAAAAUAAACGGAGGCAUUCCGGAAAAUCCCGAUCCGAAACGGUUCCAGAGACUGGCGGGACGCGCGCGGGAGCUGAGACGGGAGUCGUGUCCGGUGUAUCAGGCGCCGCAUGAGAAAACCAGGCUGUAUUCGGUACCGGAGGUGGAGAUGUCCAGGCAGAUUUAUACGAUGGCCGCCAUGAAAAUGGCGGGAGGGCUGGACACUGUGACUGAGAACGGGAGCGGGGAGUGUAUUCAUGAGGAGGAGGAGGAGGAGGAGGGUGAGAAGGAGGAGGGGCGUGGUGAUGUAAACACCGGAAGUCUGCAGUGA